UCCGAACCUUCUCGGAGUUUCCCUCAGGCUAACCACAGCUCAGCUGAGCGCUUCCUGCUGCUGGGUUUCACAGACUGGCCCUCGCUGGAACCCGUCCUCUUCGCACUGGUCCUACUCUGCUACCUACUAACGCUGUCCGGCAACGCGGCAUUGGUGCUGCUGGCCAUUCGCGACCCGCGCCUGCACACACCCAUGUACUACUUCCUUUGCCACUUGGCCUUGGUGGAUGUGGGCUUCACCACCAGUGUGGUGCCGCCGCUGCUGGUCAGCCUGUGCGGCCCGGUGCUGCAGCUACCGCGCGGCGGGUGCAUGGCGCAGCUGUGCGCAUCUCUGGCCCUGGGCUCUGCCGAGUGCGUGCUGCUGGCCGUUAUGGCGCUGGAUCGCGCUGCUGCCGUGUGCCGCCCGCUGCGCUACACCGCCCUCGCCUCACCGCGCUUGUGCCGCGCUCUGGCCAGCGCCUCCUGGCUCGGUGGCCUGGCCAACUCCGCAGCGCAGACCGCCCUGCUGGCCGCGCGCCCGCUCUGUGCGGCCCGCCGUCUGGACCACUUCAUCUGCGAACUGCCCGCGCUGCUGCAGCUAGCCUGCCGUGGCGGCCGCAGCGCCACCGAGCGCCAGAUGUUCGCCGCGCGGGUGUUCAUCCUGUUGGUGCCUUCUGCGGUCAUCCUGGCCUCCUACACCGCCGUGGGCCGCGCGGUCUGGGGUAUGCGCUCCCGCGCUGGCCGGCGGAAAGCAGCGAGCACAUGUGGCUCUCACUUGACCGCCGUCUGCCUAUUCUACGGUUCGGCCACCUACACCUACCUGCAACCUACACAUAGUUACAACCAGGGCCGCGGCAAGUUCGUCUCGCUCUUCUACACGGUAGUCACACCCGCGCUAAAUCCCCUCAUCUACACACUGCGCAACAAAGAAGUGAAGGGGGCGGCUCUGAGGUUCUUGGGAAGUCUGGGGAGGCUGCAGGUCCGGCACUGA